AUGUAUGAUAAAUGCUUUAUAGAAGAAGAUAUUCUUUCAUAUGUGACUAAUCAUACAGGCAUUACCUCUAAUCUUAUUAAGACAAUAAACACGCCCAGUGCAUGUCCCUUCAUUAAUAAAGGGACAGAGAUACUGUCAUAUGCACAAGUAAAGCAUACGGUAUGA